AUGGUUGACGUUGAUGAAUGUGUAUCUGGUAAAUAUCAAUGUCACCGCAAUGCUACAUGCGUAGACACUAUUGGUUCAUACACAUGUACAUGUGAUACUGGGUAUACGGGAGAUGGAAAAAACUGCUCAGAUGCUGACGAAUGUAGCAGUGAUACACAUGGUUGUGAUGGUAACGCUACAUGUACAAACUCAGUGGGAGCAUACAGAUGUGCAUGUAACACUGGCUAUGACGGAAAUGGCACACACUGCACCAACGUUGAUGAAUGUGUAUCUGGUAAAUAUCAAUGCCACCGCAAUGCUACAUGCGUAGACACUAUUGGUUCAUACACAUGUACGUGUGAUAGUGGGUAUACGGGAGAUGGAAAAAACUGCUCAGAUGCUGACGAAUGUAGCAGUGAUACACAUGGUUGUGAUGGUAACGCUACAUGUACAAACUCAGUGGGAGCAUACAGAUGUGCAUGUAACACUGGCUAUGACGGAAAUGGCACACACUGCACCAACGUUGAUGAAUGUGUAUCUGGUAAAUAUCAAUGCCACCGCAAUGCUACAUGUGUAGACUCUAUUGGUUCAUACACAUGUACGUGCGAUACUGGGUAUACGGGAGAUGGAAAAAACUGCUCAGAUUCUGAUGAAUGUGUAUCUGGCAAACAUCAAUGCCACAGCAAAGCUACAUGCACAAACACAUUCGGUUCAUACGCAUGUAGGUGUAAAACUGGGUAUAUGGGAAAUGGAACAUUCUGCUCGGACUCUGAUGAAUGUGUAUCUGGCAAACAUCAAUGCCACAGCAAAGCUAAAUGCACAAACACGGUUGGUUCAUACACAUGUAUGUGUAACGCUAGUAUUGGGUAUAUAGGGAAUGGAACAUUCUGCUCAUACAAUGAUGAAUGUGUAUCUGGCAUACAUCAAUGCCACAGCAAAGCUACAUGCAUAGACACAAUUGGUUCAUACAAAUGCAGGUGUAAAACUGGGUAUGCAGGGAAUGGAUCAUUCUGCUCAGAUGUUAAUGAAUGUGCAGGUGAAGUGUUUAGAUGUGACCUUAAUGCUGUGUGUAAGAACUCUGUAGGCUCUUACACAUGUCACUGUAGCGCCGGAUAUGAAGGAAAUGGAACAUUCUGCUCCA